AUGGCGGUGGUUGGUGGUCUGGAAAUUGUAGUGGCGAUGGUGGUGCUUCACCACCGCUUAAUAACGGAUUAUGUAACCGCAUCGACUCUCCCAUUCUCCCCCUCCGGCAACGAUUCCACUCCUUCCACCAAACUCCAGGCAUUCGCCCUCACUCUCAUCGUCGUCCUCUCCGACUCCGGAAUGGUUGGCCACCAAGACUUCGCUUUCGUACUCUUUUCCUUGUUCAUGUUCCUCAUCACCAUUUACCCCACUUCCGCACUACUCCUUUCCUCCAACCACAAACCGCAUCCUGACCCAGACCCACUACGUAUCCAACAACCCGGAUACAAUGCUGAAUUUUUGCUGAAGGAUGAAUUCAGCUCUGCAGAACUACAAUUGAGUAGCAAAAUACAAGGGUACACUCAGUCUAAUGGAUGGAAGUCAAGGACUUAG